UUGGUCAAAAUAAGCGCAGGCGGAGUUUGUUUUCAGGAAGUGCCUGGUUACCACGGGCUUCACGUUGUCGUUAACGUAACUCUUUGCUUGUUAUUUGGGCUGCUGUGAAUUUCCUAAACAAUUCUUAUUCCAAAAGCAUGGGUGAUGACGAAGAAAAAUUUGAUGGUAUGCUGCUGGUUAUGGCACAACAACAUGACGGAGGGGUACAAGAGUUAGUAAACACAUUUUUCAGCUUCCUCCGCCGCAAAACGGAUUUCUUCACCGGUGGUGAUGCAGGUGCAGCGGAGAAGCUAGUGAAGGAUGCUUUUGCCCACAACAGUAAGCUAGCGCUGAAGGCCCACAAAGAGAAGCACGUGAAGCAGGAGAAGGAAAAGAAAGAGAAAGCUGAAAGAGCUGCUAAGCUAGCAGAGGAUGAGAGGAAAAAGAAAAAUGACGGUCCCAGAAUUCAGGAGCUGACUGAUGAAGAAGCAGAGAAACUUCAGUCUGAACUCGACAAGAAGAAGAAAGAAGAGGAGAAAGUAGAGAAUGCAGCAAUAAGUGCAGAGAAGUCAUCUGACAAAGCGGAUAAAGAGAAGGGGUCUGACUCAGAAGGAGAGGAGGAUGAGAAGGACAAAGAUAAACUGAAGCCUAAUGCAGGAAACGGAGGUGACCUGCCCAACUACAAGUGGACUCAGACCUUGUCAGAAGUUGAUCUGGCAGUGCCUUUUGACGUGAAGUUCCGCAUUAAGGGGAGAGAUGUGGUGGUGGACAUACAGCGACGCUCCAUCAAAGUCGGCCUAAAGGGACACCCUCCUGUGGUUGAAGGUCAGCUCUACAACGAGGUGAAAGUAGAAGAAAGCUCCUGGCUCAUUGAUGAUGGCAAGGUGGUCACAGUCCACUUGGAAAAGAUUAAUAAAAUGGAGUGGUGGAGCAGAAUUGUCACCACCGAUCCAGAGAUCAACACCAAGAAAAUCUGUCCAGAGAAUUCAAAGCUGUCGGACCUGGACGGGGAGACGCGUGGUAUGGUGGAGAAGAUGAUGUAUGACCAAAGGCAGAAAUCAAUGGGUCUGCCGACAUCUGAAGAGCAGAAGAAGCAAGACAUCUUAAAAAAGUUCAUGGAGCAGCACCCAGAGAUGGAUUUCUCUAAAGCCAAAUUCAGCUGAGACCUGCUGUUGGCAGCUUCACCUGUAGAAUCCACAUUAUGAUCCAUAUGAAUCAUAUCAGAAACGGUGUCACCCCCAGCUUCAUCUCUACUCUCCAGACUGGACGUGGUUUAGACGACUAACAUGUCUUAAGUGCACAUGUUUGUUUUCUUUCGUUAUGAGAAGCUUAAUGACUGUAAUGCCCACAUUCUCUCUUUACAUGUCAUUUGAAUAUUUAUGGGUCUGGAUUUUUUAAAUAAAUGAACAUAAAAAUCUAACUGAGACAAA